GAAAGCACUUGCGUCUGAAUCUUCAGACUUCACUUUCAGGCAAGUCAAAUUCCAGUCUAGCAUUCAAUUCAGUCGUUAGUAAAAAAAUUCGUCGAAUUCCUUAAGUGAAUAGAUUCAAAGCUUCUUCUAGCACCAUGGCGUUGACAACAGCAAUGCUCUCGUCCGUCGUCUUGGCCCUCUUCUCGUUGGUAGCUGUCGGGCAGGCGCAGCUGUCCACAACCUUCUACAGAAAUUCCUGCCCUACAGCAUUGACCAUAGUACGACAACAGGUUGACAGCAUCCUUGCAUCAAAUCCAAAUCUUGCCGGGGGCCUGCAGCGCCUUCAUUUCCAUGACUGCUUCGUCCGAGGCUGUGAUGCAUCCGUACUUUUGUUCUCGAACUCCUCAACGAAUCAAGAGAAGGACGCCCAACCAAAUCAAAACUCCUUGAGAGGAUUCCAGCAAAUUGAUCAAGUUAAAUCCGCCCUUGAGGCCGCAUGCCCGGGUGUUGUCUCUUGCGCAGAUAUACUGGCCAUCGUAGCACGUGAUGCCACUGUCAAGGCAGGAGGUCAAACCUGGCCCGUCCUUCUCGGACGCAGGGAUGGGACGGUGUCAUUAGCGUCGGAGGCCCUGGCGGCGCUCCCAUCCCCACUCCUGAACCUCGGUCAGCUGAUUCAAAAUUUUGCUGCUGUUGGACUCAACGCAUCGGACAUGAUCGUCCUCUCAGGAGCGCACACCUUCGGCAGAGCACGCUGCGGUCCCGUUCUCAACCGAUUGUACAACUUCAAUGGAGUAAAUGGACAAACAGACCCGAGCAUGGACUCGACUUUGGCAGCCAACUUGAAGAAGCAGUGCCCUCCCAACGAUGUCACGACGAUUAUCACCAUGGAUUCUUCUCCAAACGUGUUCGACCGCACGUACUUCAAGCAGGUCAUAAACAGGGAGGGACUUUUCACCUCAGAUGCUGCACUCGCCACCGACUCCAGAGCACUAGCCCUGGCGACCAGAUUAGCACAACCCGGUUCCACGUUCUUCGCCGAUUUUGCAGCUGCCAUGGUGAAGAUGAGCAGAAUCCAAGUGUUGACGGGUUCUCAAGGAGAGAUUCGUAAGAAAUGCUCUGUCAAGAAUUAAAGUCCUAUGUCUGAGAACUCGAAAGUCAGACGACCUUACGAAGCAAUGAACCUGUCCUGUGCUCACCCUGAUGCACAUUUUGGUUUUAUCGAUUUCUCGAGCUCUGCCUGAUCAUAAAACAUAUUUAGAAACAUCCAGACUAAUAGACUAAUUCAAGCUAGAAUAAUUUGAGUCAGCAUACGCCACAAAAAUUGUAAAGCCUAAGAGAGGUUGGUGCAGUCAGCGUUCAGGCCUCCGAUUUUGCAGCUGAUCAAUGUACAUAAUUGCCAGCAGUCUCAUAAUUGCACAUGCAUCCAUUAGCGAGCGUAAGAAUAAUACGCCGGCCUGGUUUGGCUUGUCAACUCGAUACUUUAAAUGGAAAAACCUCUUGCUCAUC